GAAUGAAAGAUGUCAAGUCAGUAUUGACAAUUCCAGUCAGUUUUUCACUAACACAAUUUGUUCUAUGCUCACAAUUUUUACAUGCAUUUGUUGACGAUUUCUGAAUUCGAACAUUUUCACCCAAAAUUAUUGCAACAUAAUUAAUCAAAUUCCAAAACUACACUAGCCAGUGGUCCAAGGUAAUUAAUUGUCUAAUCUCUAUUUAACCUUGUGCUCAACAAAAUGAGUGACGAAUUGCAGAACUACCAGCUUCAGCUGCAGCAAGUCGAAGCUGCGUUGUUAACCGAUGCAAAUAACGAAGAAUUGAAGAAGCUGAAAAUCGAUUUAGAAGAGGUAAUAGAUUUGACUCUAGAUUUGAAGAAUAAAGCAGAAGAGGCCGCAAAUUUACCUGAGUACACCGAGCCUGUAGGAAUAGUCGACGAAGAAGAUGAAAUUACAAAGUCAUUGCUUGCUGUUGAAGAGUUUGUGGCUAGGAAUAAAACAAAGAAGAUAUGGAGAGUCAAUGAUACGUGUAUGGCCAAAUGGAACGAGAAUGGUCAAUAUUAUGAAGCGAAAAUUGAUGCCAUCCAUUCCAACGGGCAAGUGAAUGUAACCUUUGAGGCCUACAAAAACAGAGGUGUAACAACAUUGGCGGAACUGAAAGAGUUUACAGGACAGAAACGUACUCUAUCGGAAGCAGAGAAACUGAAAAAAGGCAAAGUAAAUAAAGAAUACCUGAAAAAGAAGAAACUGAAAAAGCAGCAGAGAUUCAAGGAGCUGGAAGAAGAAAGAGAACAAGAAAAGAAGAAAUGGCUGAAUUUUGCUAAUAAGGCCAUAAAAACCAAGAAAACUGGAUUGACAAACAAAAGCAUUUUUGCUUCACCAGAGAGUGUGACUGGCAGAGUUGGUAUAGGCACGUGUGGUAUAAGUGGAAAACCUAUGACUGAAUUUACUACAGCGGAAAAGUGGAGAAAGGGUGUGUGAAGCCAUUCAGGACUAAAAAAUCAAUGUAAUGUAGAAGUAUGUAUACGCAACUAUUUCACUGGUAACGGAACAUCUUGAUGCAUCAGUCUGGUUUAAAUGCAUGUACAUACUAUAAAAAAAUGUAAAAAUAAUGAUAAUACUUUAGACCAUAAUCAGUUUGUAGUUUAAUUUUGCAAAUAAAUUGUUCAUUCAAUACUAAA